AUGGUGGAAGACAAAUAUGUUGGGCUUAUGCUGGCCGUGAGCUCAUCGCUGGCUAUUGGUGCUAGUUUCGUCAUCACGAAGAAAGUGCAUCCACAGGGUCUCAACGCCUCGAUAGAGAAGAAUGGCUUCAAUGGCGACGGCUUCGGUUAUCUCCAAAAUCCGGUGUGGUGGGCUGGCAUUACGACCAUGGUCGUGGGCGAGAUAUUCAACUUCGCCGCAUACGCCUUUGCUCCUGCCAUCUUGGUGACUCCCCUCGGAGCGCUUUCUGUGCUCAUUGGGGCAGUGCUGGGCGCCUACUUCCUCGACGAACAAUUAGGCUUGUUGGGCAAGAUUGGGUGCGCAAUCUGUCUGAUCGGAUCGGUGAUUAUUGUGCUGCAUGCGCCGCCGGACAAGGAGGUUCAGUCUGUGGAAGAGAUUUUGAAUCUGGCGCUACAACCUGGCUUCCUCUUUUACUGCACCUUUGUCGCCAUCUUCUCCAUCUUUAUGAUCUACAAGAUUGCGCCCAAAUACGGUCGCAAGAACCCGCUCGUUUACCUUUCGAUUUGCUCGACAACCGGCUCCGUCUCCAUCAUGUUCAUCAAGGCGUUUGGCAUUGCGCUCAAGAUGACGUUUGCUGGCAACAACCAGUUCACACACCCUUCGACCUAUGUCUUCAUCAUCCUAGUCGCAGGCUGCAUUUUGACACAGAUGAAUUACUUCAACAAGGCCUUGAGCCAUGUCAACCCCCUUUACUACGUCUGCUUCACCACCUGCACCCUCAUCGCAUCCUGUCUCCUCUUCCAAGGCUUCAACACCACAUCCGCCGUCAACACCAUCUCCCUCCUCUGCGGCUUCCUCAUCAUCUUCUCGGGCGUCUAUCUGCUCAACCUUAGCCGCGAAGACCCCAACGGCAACAAACAUCUUGGCUCCCAUUUUACCGACGGCGCGCCCUCGGACGCCAUCUCUGGCUUCCCCACUCGCCGUAGUAUGCAGGCGCGACGCAGCGAGGAACUCAUGUUUGAACGCCGCGUUUCCAAUGGUGCGCUUCGCUCGGGGCGUGCGAGUUAUGCAGAUGCGGGAGAUCGCGGCGCGCUGAUGCAUGAUUACGAUGUCGAAAAUCAGUUCGAGCUGAGCGAUUUGGCAGACGACAGUGACGAGCUUGAGGGCUCGAAACGGACUAGUUUUGAUGAGGAGAGGUUGAAUGGGAGGUUAAGUGGGACAGGUAGGGGGAGGGUGCAGAAAGAGUUGGUGCAACCGAAGAGGAAUCUGUCACUGAGAUGA